AUGUCAUUUAGAGGCGGUGAUCACGCAUGUAUUGAUCAAGAUUUAGCGUUGUUUGAACUGAACCCUGCUAUGACAAGUUUAAUGCAACGAGUUUCACUUGAAGAUUCAGGCGAUGCAACAAAUAAUUCUGGUAAAUAUAUUCAACGUUUGACAUGUUGUUUAAAACAUUUAUCUGUACGCAUUCGAAUAGAUACAGAUGAAAAGUCAAAUUAA